AUGUCGAGUAAAGGGUAUUUGACAAAAGACAGUAUUCUCAAGCUGGGAGAUAAAGACCCAGAAUACGCAGAAUGGCAAAAGGCAAAUCCCGAGGAUGAUGAGAUGGAUUGGUCAGACAUCAAAAAUGCUCGUGCCGCUGUGGACGAAUGGAGCCGCGAGCAACGGGAGUCAUUGACUGACCAGGGUAUCCUUAUGAAUAUUCCUAUGCGCGACGGCUACCAGUCCUCCCUGCGUAUUUUCAAACCCACUUCAUCUGAAAAUUCUUCUGCCCCUCACCCACCAUCUCCGGUUAUUGUCCUCGUUUACGGUGGAGCAUUCUGCUGUGGUGACAAUUCUAACUUUGCUGCCCACGCCCUCGCUCUGCGUGCGUUAUACGGCGCAACCGUUGUGCUUACAUCUCAUCGGCUGGUGCCCGAACAUCCCUUCCCCGUCGGUCAACACGACGUUUGGGAUUCGCUAGUAUGGCUUGCCGAAAACGCAGAGAGUGUGCUGGGAGCAGACAUGAACGCUGGCUUUAUAGUAGGAGGUGUGAGCUCUGGAGGUAACGCUGCCGCGACAGUGGGACAGAUGUGGGUGGAUGAGUAUGCGAACCAGCACUACAGCCAACAGGAUAUCAGUCGACCCAAACUCACCGGAAUGUGGCUGUCGGUCCCAUAUCUGUUCUCUUCCAAGGAGCACGUUCCUAAGGAGUACCAGGAUUUCUUUCUCAGUCGUGAGCAGUUCAAGGGGGACAGCAUGAGCGGAGAUAUACCCGUCUCGGUCAUCAAGAUGCAGCAGUGGAAUACUCAGAGUCGAUGGUAUAGCCCAAUCAACUCGCCAAGCCCCAACCCUCAUAAAGAGCUAGCAAAGCAUGGGGUGAGGGUGUACCUCCAAGCUGCUGGGCGGUGCUUUGCUCGUGAUGAUUCUCUCAUCUACGAGCGUAUUCUGUCCCAAAAUGGAGUGGAGGCCAAGUUAGACAUAUAUCCAGGGUGCCCCCAUGCUCACUUUGCCGGGAUAGAGAUAAGUGAAGCCCGCCGGUGCAAUUUGGAGACUUUCAAGGAAUUUGCAUGGUUACUCAGGAAAGACAUACCCUCACAGGAGCAAAUCGAAUCAGCGGUUCGCAGUGCUGCCCCUUCGAUCAUUAUUUGA